AUGGCAGAUGGUGGGAGGGACGAGUUAUGUUACGUUGCUCUGGGCAGCAAUGUUGGUGACAGGUUGCGGCACCUGAGCCGCUCCAUCAAGUCUUUGGUGCACUUGGAAGGCGUUGAGCUGCUGAGAACGUCGAGCCUAUACUCCACGAAAGCGCAGUAUGUGAGCGACCAGCCGGCGUUUCUCAAUGCAGUAGUCAUGCUGAGACUGAGUCCUGGGAGGUUGGCGGAUCUGCAAGGACUUCUGUCCGACUUCAAGAGGAUCGAGGAUGACCUCGGAAGGAGGCCGGGCGUGCGUCGCGGUCCAAGGGUCAUCGACCUGGACAUGGUGGCAGUGGGCCAGCGAGUGUUGAACAUCACCGAGGGGCAGUACCCAUUGCAGGUCCCACACCUCCUGAUGCACGAGCGGGAUUUCGUGCUGGUGCCCAUGGCCGAGCUCGACCCCAAGUGGUGUCAUCCGACUUUAUCCGGAGCCCCCAGCCUCGCGGAUUUGGUCGAGCGCCUGAAAUCGGGCGCGGCCAAUGGACCCGCGGGAGCCAGCUUGGACUUGUGGCCCGUGCAGGUGCUGCCGGCUGCCGGUGGUCUGAUGGGUCGAAAGGAGGGAGCACUUUGGAGGCGCGGUGAACAGACACUGAUCAUGGGCAUUCUGAACAUCACCCCGGAUUCAUUCAGCGACGGAGGCGAUCGUUUUGAGACAACAGCAGCGGUUCAAGCCGCCAAGGAGAUGAUCUCUGAUGGAGCGCACAUCCUCGACAUCGGGGGAGAAUCCACUCGACCAGGUGCUGCAGAAGUAGCUGUGGAGGAGGAGGUGACGAGGGUGGUGCGUGUGAUCAAAGGUAUUCGGGAGGCUGGUGUGGAUGCCACAAUCAGCAUCGAUACACGCAAGGCAGCCGUCGCCAAAGCUGCGAUUGAAGCGGGGGCUGAUUGGAUCAACGAUGUGUCUGGUGGAGACUUCGAUAGCGCGAUGUUUGACGUGGCAAAGGAGUUCCUGGCACCUAUCAUCCUGAUGCACAUGAAAGGAACGCCUCAAACUAUGAAUUCCUUGGCAGUCUACACUUCCGUCGUGGAUGAGGUGGGCGAUCACCUACUUCGACAACGGCGAAAAGCGGAAGCCGCGGGCGUUCCGAGUUGGAAUAUCAUGCUGGAUCCGGGCAUUGGCUUCGCGAAAGACUUGGAGCAGAACCUCACUCUGCUGCGGCACUGUGGCGAAUUAGUUUCAAGAACGCAGCCUUCUCCCAUGCUGAUUGGUGCCUCGCGCAAGCGAUUCAUUGGGAGCAUUUUGGGGGAGCCCGACUUCAAAAAACGAACCUUUGGCAAUGCUGCCGCCACGGCCAUUGCCAUUGCAGCUGGUGCUGACAUGGUGCGUGUGCACGAGGUGAAAGAAAUGGCGCAGACGGCCAAGGUCUGUGACCGGAUCUACAAAGUGCCCGAUCACUGGCCCUGGCAGACCUGGAGCGUUGCCGUUCUGGUCGCCCUCAUCUGCGGUGGCGGCCAGCUCUGCUGCUGUCUCCACUGCAUCCGCGCGGGCUUUCAGCGUGGCGAUUUCCAAGCCACGAGCCUCGGGCAAUUCUACGCACCCUUGAAGCAGGACGAGUUGGCCCUGCAUGCCUUCAAACCCGACCACGAGAAGAUAGGCCAUAUCCUGCGUAGAGAGAUGCGCUUCAUGCUGCUGUUUCCCAUCAUCCCGUUGCUGGCCAUUCACUGGACCAGCUGCAGGAAGGGCAUGCCCUGGUGGGGCUAUUUGUUGUAUCUUCCUUUGUUGCUGCGAGCGAAAUGGAUCGAAGCGCAGAUCUUGUUGGCCCUCAAUGAGGAUCUGAAAUCUAUCUUUCUGAGUCCAGGCUUCUGGUUGGGCAUGCUGGAACAUGCGGAUUGGUUCACGGAUGGCGCCCUGCCAGUGCAAGCGUACCUCUGUGAUUUGGAGAUCCCGGUCACUGAGCACUUCGCCUUUUCAUUCGAGAUGAGUUGGGCUUGGCCUCUGGCGCCCAUUGUGCGCACCCUGCACUUCUGGGGUUUGCUGUCCCUGGUGCUGUCCUUCAGCGCCCUGGCGCAGCAGCUCUUGGGUGCUGUGGACAGCGGCGAGAAGCGCCUGGAUCUGGCGGCGGAUGUUCCGGGCUUUGGAGCGGUGGCGAAUUGGUACGAGGAACAGGACCACGAUUGGAACAAAGCUGCGGAGGAUGGAGGAUGCCUGAGUGAACGUGCCUUGUUAACCUCCAUCUCCAAGGUCUUCUUGGAAAACGUGGUGCAACUCUGGCUGCAGGCGUCCUUUUUCGGCCUCAUCUUCGAUCGCUUGCACCAUGUUGGCAAGGUGAAGCUGUUGAUCUCCAUGGCUUUGGGCCUCAUCAGUUGCCUGGCGAAGAUCCUUCCGAUGGCCGUGGGUCUCCUGUGCGCCCUGCGCGCUGGGUCCAUCGGCUGGGCACAGGGCAUGGCCAUUCUGCUGGGCCAGAUGAUUGCAAUUUGUUGUAUCGCCUGGACCGCGAUGAAACUCUACAAGUCCUUCCAUUGCGAGACGCACAUCUGGAAUCUCACCACGGGAUGCGUCCCAAAGGAAAUCAUCGAAGGAAUCAGUUGA